GGUGGCGGGGCCUUCGUCUCGCCCAGUCCCCGCGCCGUCGCCGUCCGCGCUCCGCGUGCUCUGCUCGGGGACGCCCAGGGGGCCGCCGUAGCGCUUGCCCUGUGUCCUGCGGGCAUCAGGAGACCCACAGCCUAGAGGCCUGCACAGCCGGGAGGCGGGGAAAUGGUGGGUACACGCACAGGGGCCCGAGGUGGGGGCGGGGCGGGUGCAAACGGCCGCCACUGGCCGCCGGCCCCAGGCCUCCCCGCGUCUCCCUCCGGAGUCUGCGGACCCGCGCGGCGCUCGGCUUCCCCUGGCCGCGGGACGGGAUGCGGCCUCGGCCGCCGGCCGCGCCCGGCGUCCGGUCCGCUUGAGCGCGCGGCUUCCGCCCGGCCGGGGCCCUCGCCGGCGGCUGCGCGCUGGCGACUGAGGAGCCGCUUGGUGCGGGCGCUGCGGGUCCAGGCCCUGCUUUUCCCUGGUGGACGGGAACAGGGGAGCCGCGGCUUCAGUGUGAGAGUUCGUUUGAGCGAGGGCCUGUGCACCGGUGCAGAGCGCGCAGCCGGGGUGUGCGGUGUCCAGAGCCACGGCUUCGUGAGCUGCGUGGGGACGCGAACCGCGCCCGGAACCGGGUGCAGGUGGGUGGGCGCCUCGCUGGGGCUGCCCGGGUGCAGACUCGCUGCUUCUGUAAGGAGAGGCUCGUUGCAGGGACUGUUGAUAUUCAGGGAUGUGGCCAUAGAAUUCUCUCCUGAAGAGUGGAGCUAUCUGAACCCUGCUCAGCAGAAUCUGUAUAGGGAUGUGAUGUUAGAAAACUACAGAAACCUGGUCUCCCUGGGUAUUGCUAUCUCUAAGCCAGACCUGAUCACCUGUCUAGAGCAAAGGAAUGAGCCGUGGAGUGUGAAGAAACGUGAGACAGUAGGCAAACAACCAGCUAUUUCUUCUCAUUUCACCCAAGACCUCUUGCCAGAGCAAGGCAUAAAAGAUUCAUUUCAAAAAGUGAUACUGAGAAAAUACGGAAGCUUUGGCUUUGAGAAUUUACACUUACAGGAAGAUUGGGAAAGUGUGAGUGAAUCUAAGCUGCAGAAAGAAUGUUAUAGUGGACUUAACCAGUCUUUAUCAACUACCUAUGCCAAAAUCUUUCAGUGUAGUAAACAUGUGAAAGUCUUUAGUAAAUUGUCAAAUCUAAAUAGACGUAAGAUAAGACAUACUGGAGAGAUAUCUUCCAACUAUAAAGAAUGUGACAAUUCCUUUUACAUAUCCUCAAUUCUAACUCCACUUCAGAGAAUCCGCACUGCAGAGAAAUUCUACAAGUGUAAAGAAUGUGGCAAAGCCUUUAAGCACUGCUCAUGCUUCAUUGAACAUAAGACAGCUCAGAAUGAAGAGAAACAUUACAAAUGUAAAGAAUGUGGCAAAGCCUUUAAAUCCUUCUCAAGCCUUUCUAAUCACAUUGUAAUUCAUACUGGACAGAAACUCUAUAAAUGUGAAGAAUGUGGUAAAGCUUUUAACCACAGUUCAAACCAUGCCAAACAUAAGAAAAUUCACACUGGAGACAAACCCCAUAAAUGUGAAGAAUGUGGCAAAGCUUUUAACUGGUUCUCAUACCUAACUCUACAUAAGAGAAUUCAUACUGGAGAGAAACCCUACAAAUGUGAUGAAUGUGGCAAAGCCUUUAACCAGUGUUCAAACCUCACUAAACAUAAGCGGAUUCAUACUGGAGAGAAACCCUACAAAUGUGAAGAAUGUGGCAAAGCUUUUAACCGGUGCUCACACCUUAUUGAACAUAAAAGAAUUCAUACUGGAGAGAAGCCCUAUAAAUGUGAAGAAUGUGGUAAAGUCUUUAUAUCUUGUUCAAGCCUUUCAAACCAUAAGAGAAUUCAUACAAAAGAGAAAUGCUACAAAUCUGAAGAAUGUGACAAAAUCUUUAACCACUGCUCACACCUUAAUGUACAUGAGAAAAUUCAUACCUGAGAAAAAUCCUACAAACAUAAAAAAUGUGACAAAGCCUUUAAUACCUGCUCAUGUCUUACUCAGGAUCAGAGUUCAUAUUGAACUAAAGCAGUAUAAAUGUAAUGACUGUCAAAACACCUUUCACGGAAAAAAAUAAUUUUGCCACAAGUUAAUUUGUUCAUUAAUGGACCUUUAAUUCUUUUUUUUUGUCUCCACAAAUCUGCCCUUAUGCCAGUACCAUAUUGUUUAAUUAUUUUAACAUCAUAGUAAGCAUUUUUAUCGAGUGUAAGCUACUGAAUUUUGUUAUCAUUUUUCAGAAUUCUUGUGAGUUUGAUUUACUUUGCAUGUUUAUAUAGAUUUUAGGAAGAGCUUGUCAAUUUAUAUUAAAGAAAAGCUAUGUUGGAAUUCGCGUUGAAUCUGUAGAU